AUGUAUCACCAAUCUACUCCGUCGCGCGGCGGAUGGCCUGCGUACGACUACACCACCUCUCCGCCAGGCUCACCUUACUACCAAUCUUUUUAUGCUACUCCAACAAAUGCAUCACCUCGGGCCCCUCCCACCAAACGCCAUUCUCGCAAAGCCAGUUAUGCUUCGCCUAGGGAAUCUGGAUGGUACUCGGCAUUUGCCCAGUAUCAGGAACCCAUCCCAGAAUAUGCGUCAUCCCGCAAGUUCGACAAUGUAAGUGCGUCUUUUGGUCAAAAGAAAAGAAAACAUCGCGCUUCCAUGCCGGGUGACGUGCCCUCCUAUGGCAAAGGCAAUGGCAAUGGCUUUGGUUUAUUUGGUUACGAUUACGUCCGUCCCUCGCGUAUGCCGAAACGACCUAUCAUUAUUGAUGUGGUUGACGAAGCUGACGAUGAGCCGACUUACAUCUACCGCGAGCCAAGAAGCGUUCGCUUCCAGCGAUCUUCUUACACAACUGCUGCUCCACGCAAGUCAAAGGCGACCACUGAUCCUUAUUCUUUUUCUACUCAGGUUCCUCCCAUCUAUGAAGAAGAUGUAAAGCGAUCUCGAGCUCGUCGUGCUUCCACUUCUACCCGCACCUCUCCUCCGAAACCACCAAAGAUGGCCGCGCCUCCCAAAUCUCCGACCAAGGCUACCGAGGCCGAUGCCGAGGCUGCUGGUAUCCCCGCCGGUUAUUCGAUCAAGAACUGGGAUCCGGAUGAGGCCCCUAUCCUCCUGCUUGGAAGUGUCUUUGAUGCAAACUCGUUGGGUAAAUGGAUUUAUGACUGGACUGUUUACCACCACGGCGCUUCUACUCCAAUGGCCGAUGUUGCGGGCGAAUUAUGGCUACUUCUUAUUAAACUCGCCGGCAAAGUCAAGCGUGCGGACGAAUUUCUUGAACGUACCAACAGUCGCGAGACCGUCGAACUCUUGGAGGAUUUUCUCGACAGCGGCGAACGCCUGUGGAAUCGAUUCAAGACUCUGCUCAAGGAUUGUGAGCAAUUCAUGUACAAAGCCGCCAAGCGCGAAACCGGCCGCAGCGCUCCAGUCUCGAUGGGACGUAAUGCUGGUUGCGAAUUUGUCGAGUCAAUCUUUGGACGCGACCGAAAGUUACAUGACACAGAGAAGCUCAUGAACAGCAUUCGUCUGUGGGACAUGCGGUUCGAUGCAAACUGCGAGGCCAUUCUCCGACCGUCUCGGAGAUCCAGUCGUCGUCAGUCUACCGUAUAA